AUGUUGAGAGAUCCAUCUUUCAUAGAGACAAUACCAGAAGAACACCAGGAAGCUUUCAUUGACCCGAAUCCAGUAGCGCCAGACAAACUAAAGAUGCUCAAGAAAAUGAUAGAGGACAGAUACACAAGAGUCAGGGUUCAUGUUUACAAGUGCAGUUUUGAUCAUCAUGAUGAAGAUUCAAAAGUUAAAUUUUCUGGUUUAGAUGGAGUUGAUGAUAAAGCUUUCUCCAAAAUAGUCUUUGAUUUUUUCAAAAACCGAAUAGAGCAUCAAUAUCCACUGGCAGACAAGGAGUCUGAAGAUCCAUAUGAGAGAAUCAAAGAGAAACACGAAGCUUUUAUGAAGGCCAGUUCUGCAGUGGUCAUUGGACGAGAUGAAACUCUGGAAAGGGUGGACAAUUACAUAUGUGGACCUGGAAUAGACAAGCCUCUUUUAAUGGUAGGUGCAGCUGGUACUGGGAAAUCAUCUAUAAUGGCACGUCUGGCAGACACAACAAGCCAUAAAGCUGCCACUGGAGCCAUACCUGGUGGUGGCGAUAAAGGCUGGCACGUGUUUUACCACUUUGUGGGUGCGGUACCUGGCUCUACAGAACUAGAAAAACUUCUGAAAAGAUUGCUUAAAGAGAUGGGAGUGGUAGAUGCUUCUAAUAUGCCCAAAGACCUGGAGAGUGCAGCUCAAGUAACAUGUGGGGCUUUGAACAAUCAGAACACUCGACCAACAAUCAUCAUUAUAGAUGCACUCAACCAGUUUGACAGUGAUCUUGCUGCAGAUUUAGUUAGCUGGGUCCCUAAGAAACUUGCUCCACAGAUUAGAUGCAUCUUCACAAUGAUACCUGAAACCCCUCAACAUUAUGCAUUGAUUAGCAGAGAGCCUCAACCUGAUAUGUUUGACCUUGAACCCCUCAAUAUGGAAUCUAGAACGAAAAUAGUGAAAGAGAUGCUUGGUAAAUAUAACAAGGCUCUGGACACAGGCCAGAUGGACUCUCUCCUUUCUAAGACAUCUUCAGAUAACCCGCUCUGGCUGUCUUUAGCCUGUGAGGAACUUAGAGUGUUUGGAAACUUCAGGAAAGUCUCUGAUAAAAUCAACCAGUUAAGAGAUGGACUCCUUGAGUUAGAGAUGCAGAUCAUGACACGAUUUGAGGAGGAAAGUGGUGGAGAACUAUUGGUGGCGACAUUAUGUCUUCUAGAAUCUUCUUCCACUGGUCUUCUAGAGACAGAACUUUUGAUGAUAUUAGGGGAUACAGAUAACCUUAUGCCAAGGGAACAGGCUGAGGCAGAAAAAAAUGAUAACCAAAGUGAAAAAUGUCGCAGCAACUUGGAACCAUUACCUGCUUAUAAAUGGGCAGAGGUGUACAGAUCUCUUCGACCUUUCUUACGUCCAUUUGGUGACAGCGGGGAGGGACGUCUAGAUUUCUACCACAGGUCACUCAGCAAGGCAGUCAGAAAAAAAUAUUUAAAAGAUGACGGUAUAAAGAAGUGGUGGCACAAAAUAUUGGCAGAUUAUUUUGAAAAUGAGCAGAAUAUCAGCAGAAAGAUUGAGGAAUACCCAAAUCAUUUACUUUUACUUGAGGACCAAGAACGCAUGAAGACAUUCCUGACUGACUGGGAUGUGUUUUUAAAUCUUUUCAACAUAGAAUUUAGCACAAAGUUAUGCAAGUAUUGGAAUAAGACAUGUACACUGGAUGAAAUGGAACAGCUCUAUGUAACCAAGAUAGAGAACUUAACAAAUGAUACCAGUUCAACCAAAGAUUUACUUGCUCGAAGACUAGAGAAAAUGUCAAAAUUUAUGGGCCAGAUGGGGAGAUAUGAUAAAGCUAUGCAGUAUGCAACCAGAGCCAGAGAUAUCGAAGAAGAGCUAGGAUCUCGUCCAGAACGUAUGAUGGAGAUAUACCAUUUACUAGCAUUUGUAGGAGAUGAGCACUUCAAACUGGAGGACUAUUUGUACCAUGCCCAACUACCUCGUAUGAAACCUAUUGUCGAGAACUAUGAAAAAACAGUUCAACUGAGGAAAGUCAUGGCAGAAAAAUCAAGUAGCAAAGAAGAAAAGUACAAACUAGGUAUGGCAUUAAGUCGUCUAUCAUUCUUCCUAUCUGGAUAUGCCCUAAGAGGAGGUGACGAAUGGCUCAGUGCUGAGGUUGCCAAGGAAAAGGCCAUCUCCUAUGUCAAUGAAGCCAUAGAACUGUAUACAGAGAUGCAGGAUAACUAUCGUAUUGGUGACUGUCUAUUGACUAGGGGUGUGGCUGAGGGCCAUCCAACACCUAAGCAAAUAAAGUAUUAUGAAGAAGCUCGAGAAAAAAUUCUCCAAUCAGCUGGUCCACUUAAUAUGACCAUGGACUGUCUUCUUCUUAAUAUGGGCAUAUAUUAUGAAGACACAGGUGAUAAGCGCAGAGCGUAUGGCUAUUAUUUUGAGUGGUAUACAACAUGUAGGGAUCUGUACGGAGAGAGACAUGCAAGAUGUAAACGUUGUGUCACAUUACUCAGGGAGACUAUAUUUAUGGACAUUGCCAAAGAAGUAGGCAACCCAGUGCCUGAAAUGUUAGAAGACAAUGCCAACGAAGUAACCUAAUGACAAUGAAUUUUUAGUGAUAAUCUUAUCUGAACACAUAUAGUCCAUGGACUGAUGAAGUGCAAGUAAUUAACUACUACACAGCAUAUUGGACGAUGUGAAAUAUGCUGUGAUUGUAUUUGAGGUGUCAUCUGUGAUUGUAAUUUGUUAUAUACAGCUGUAAUCUGUGAAACAAUUUGGAAUCUGUGAAACAUUGUAUUCUGUGAAACAAAUUGUAAUCUUUGAAACAAGUUGUAAGCUUUGAAACCAGUUGCAAUAUAUGAAACAAUUUAUAAUCUAUGAAACAAGUUGUAAUCUGUGAAACAACAAGUUGUAUAUUUAUUGCUUCAUAAAAAGAUCAUAAUAUAAAUCCCUUCAGUC